GUUGAACAAUCAUUUUAUUAGGUUAAUAAGAACCAUUGUGUUUUACAAUGAUCUGGCUCUGAAGGUCUCGGAUAACUUCUUGAAGUUUUUUUCCUCUUUAUUUUUAUCUUUAAUUAAAUAAUUUGAUUAUGUAUAGUAGCUGAUCCUGCUCAGCAUUUGCUUGUAUUCAAUCAAUACCGGCUUAGAUUGUAAUGUUUUUUUUUUCUCAACAGAUUGUAAGUGUGACUUUUUAAGUCAAAGAUAUCUGAUAGGUAAGUCAAAAGAAAAUAAGAGUUUUUUCCUUUAGGAAAUAUAUAAAACAAUACAAAUUAGGUAGUUUAUAAAAUAUAUCAUUUGAAGUAAUUUGUAUAAGAUUUUCUUUACCAUAAAAGGUUCUUUGUAUUUUUUUUAGUGGAAAUUAUCAUAUCCAACUCAACAAUUAGAUAGAUUUUGUGAUUACACUUGUAGAUAAGAUUUGAAUGCAGUAAAUGAGAAAUUGCAUUUUGUAAUAUUUCAAUUAGCAGAUAUAAGAUGCUUCUGUCUGAAAUUUAGCACAUAAAUCAUAUUUAACAAAGUUUUCUUCUUCAAUAACAAAGAUUCUUGUAAGGAUAAUAAAUCUAGCAAAAUGAGUCAGCCUUCCGUGAUUAUCGCAACUGCUAGCUACGAUUUUACAAUCCGAUUCUGGGAAGCCCAAUCCGCUAGCUGUUACCGUGCCAUCAACUAUCCUGCUGUGCCUCAAAGAGAGCUCGAUGAAGGCCGUAACCCUCAGAAUGUGAACAAGCUCGAGAUAAGCCCAGAUAAGCGUCAUCUAGCAGCAGCUUGCAAUCCUUAUAUACGGCUCUUUGAUAUCAAUUUCCAUCAUGGACAUGUGAGGACUUUUGUUGCACACACCAGCAAUGUUACGGCCGUUGGGUUUCAUGCUGAUGGCAAUUCGAUGUACUCAGGAUCAGAGGAUGGCACAGUUAGGAUCUGGGACUUGAGGGCUCCUAAUCGACCAGAGGUGUACGAACGGAAUUGUCUAAAGGCAUAUCACUUGGAUGGAAGUGUUACCCCAAUUAACACAGUUGUUUUACACCCAAAUCAGAUUGAACUGAUAUCUGGAGACCAAGAUGGAAUUAUACGUGUAUGGGAUACGAGAAUGAAUUCAUGUACCAUUGAACUGGUACCAGAACCUGAUACGGCUAUACGGUCUUUAUCAGUUAUGAGGGAUGGGUCAAUGUUGGCUGCUGCUAACGACGGUGGCACAUGUUAUAUAUGGAACAUCGUGCGUGGAAGUCAGGUGGGAACCGAGUUUGAGGCCAUUCAUAAGCUUCAAGCUCAUAAUAGACAUAUCCUUAAAUGUGUCCUAUCUCCUGACAACAAAUAUCUAGCGACUGCAUCCUCUGAUAAAACUGUCAAAAUCUGGAACGUCGACAGUUUCACGCUAGAUAAAGUGUUAACAGGACAUCAGAGAUGGGUCUGGGACUGCGCCUUCUCAGUGGAUGCAAAAUUUAUUUUAACAGCAUCAUCGGACAUGACGGCUAGAUUGUGGUCGAUGGAAGAGGGAAACGAACUGAGAGUGUACCGAGGUCAUAACAAAGCAAUUGUGUGUUGUGCACUCAAUGAUGUCUAGAUUGUGGUCGAUGGAAACGGGAAGAGAACUGAGAAUGUACCAAGGUCAUCUCAAAGCAAAUGUGUGUUGUGCGCUCAGUGGAUAAUCUUGAAUAAGAAUCGAAAAGGCUAAAUUAAUUAUGAACAAGUUAUGAUUAUGAAACUUGUGUUGUUUGUGUUUUAGAAAACUCUUUUAGAUUUCAACCGGAUUCAUUUUAAUUGCUCCUCUCUGAUCUCGUCGUGAUUAAACAUUUCUCCCUACAUUUAAAAGCUCGAAACAGAACCUCGUUUAGAUGUUAUACAAAAAAAAUCUGCCAAUG